GUGACGCUUACUUGCACGUCAGGCAGCAGCAACCCCAUGUCUCGGAUUUCGUGGAAGAGGAAUGGUUUCUAUGUUCGAGAUCACAGAGAAGAGACUUUGAGUUCUGUAUUUGGUGGAAUUGCCACUAGAAGCAGAAUCUUCCUUCUAGCCACACCUUCUGAUGAUAAAUCCCAAUUCAUGUGCCUCGCCAAAAGCGAUGAAUUCAAGACGCCUGUCAGCGAGACCUUCACCCUCCGCGUACGACAUUCUCCUGUCUUUUCGCGGACUUCUCACACUGUUGAUGUCGUAGAGCGGAGUUCCACCACUAUCAACAUGACUGCUGAAGCAUAUCCAGAGCACAUUAUCUACAUAUGGAAUAGAAACGGUUCGCUCCUAGAAAGCGAUGAUUCCACGAAGAGAAUUCAUACCAAGGGACCUGUUCUCUAUGUACAGAAUGUCUCUAGGCUUGAUUCAGGGAUCUACCAAUGCAUAGCGGAGAAUGAUGAAGGACAGACCAAAGCCACACUAACUCUGAAUGUGUUGU